AUGGUGGAAGAGCUGCUGUCUCUGCUGCACGCGCUUCUGGACAGGCACCAAGCCCUCUGCAUCGAGAACCACCAGCUUCUGAAGCAGCUACGACUGUUGGUGUGUGAGCGGGCCAGGCUGCUGCGCCAGGUACGUCCACCAAGCUGUCCGGUGCCCUACCCCUCACGGUUUAGCGGCGAGAGCGGCCGGCUCCCCGAGUUUAUCGUGCAGACCAUGUCUUACAUGCUUGUGAAUGAGGAGCACUUCUGCAACGAUGCCAUGAAAGUGGCAUUCUUGAUCAGUCUCCUCUCUGGGGAAGCCGAGGAGUGGGUGAUGCCGUACAUCGAGUCAGAUAGCUACAUCCUUGGUGAUUAUCGGGCCUUUGUUGAUGAGAUGAAGCAGUAUUUUGGCUGGGGUUCCGACGACGAAGAAGAAGACGAUGAUGAUGACAACGACAACGAACAGGAGGAUGGUCACUAG